GUACAGCUGGCUUACACCGUGGAGCAUAAUGUAUAAAUAAGCUAAACAUGAUUAUUAUAAGGUGAUUUUAUUUCGAUUGAAUGUUCUAUUGUUAAACUAGCGCUAUUAGUAUAACAUGUUUGAAUUUAACUUUGCAGACUGCUGUUCAGAUUUCUUGAUUUGGUUUUAGUUUUACUUAUUUUUUUUUUUUACUGAUUUUAUUAACGUGAAGGAAAAUCUCGUCUCCCCAAAUUCCACCCUUCUAUACUUUCAUAUCACACUCAGACUGCUAUUUCUGCACACUUACUCAAUCAUAUUUAUUUCAUAUUGCCAUUUUAGUGUUGUCAUUUUCUUUGUAUAUUAGGAACGGUAUAAGAGCCAUUAAUCCAGUACAAGAGUAGGCUAGUGUACAUAGUACAGUUAUGGAUAUUGGUUGUUCGACAAAGUUUUUCUGUGAAACAAAAGUUUCUGCCUCGCGUGCACGCGGCCGGUGCGGUCAGCCAAUCGCAGCGCACGAUGUGACGUCACGCCGCCUUUAGAGCGCGCCGAUGAGCGAGGAUUUCAGAGCCGCAUCAUCAUACAGCCAACCGCGCAAACACCACAUAGUCUCUCUCUCUCUCUCUCUCUCUCUCACACACACACACACACACAUCACACGAACACAGGGACGAACUAGGAUCUUACACGAAUCGCACGUAUGUAAUGGUGUGCUCGCGAGCUCCAUCUUUUCAGGAUGAAAACUUGGGAAAAGGUGCAUCACUGAGUUCAGUGGGAAUAAAGCGCUUUUUGUCCGAGACCUGGUUAAAGCUUUGAUGCACGAGCUGAUCGCAGAUCAGAUUACAAGGGUCUGUCUGAUCGCAGGCACGCUGUCUUUGAUCUGAACACGGAGCUCGUGUUGGAUCCGGCACGGUGCUCUCUCUCUCUCUCUCUCUCUCUCACACACACACACACACACAAACACUGCGGAGGAAGAAACAAGCCGCUGUGAAAUGAGCGAGUGAAGAUACUGAAGAUCCUCCUGGAAUACACUACUGAUAAUAAGACCCGGACUCAGGGACACUAUCACUUGUGUGUACGUGAGGAGAACUUCAGCAUGACUCUGGCAUCAGGACUCAGCUGCUUUCCUCUUCUGAAGACACUGUUCCUGCACUUAUUACUAGUUGCCAUAAUGGCAGAGGAAAGAAGAGCAUGCAGGGAGCAGGAAUACAAGGAUCAGUUUGGGAACUGCAUUGCCUGCAGGCAGUGUGAUGCCGGCCAAGAACUAUCAAAGGAAUGUGGCUUCGGCUAUGGAGAGGAUGCCUAUUGUGUGCCCUGCAAGGCUAGCCGCUUCAAAGAGGACCAAAGUUCGCAGAAGUGUAAACCAUGCCUUGACUGUACCGACCUCAACCGCUUCCAGAAAGCCAACUGCUCCAGCACCAGAAACGCUGUGUGCGGUGAAUGCCUGCCUGGAUUUUACAGGAAAACAAAGCUAAGUGGAUUUCAAGACAUGGAGUGUAUCCCAUGUGGAGAUCCACCACCGCCUUAUGAGCCGCACUGCGGUGGACGUGUGAAUCUGGUGCCUAUCCCUUCCACAGUGACCAGCCCCAGAGACAUGGCACUGGCUGCGGUCAUCUGCAGUGCUCUGGCCACUGUUCUCCUGGCUCUGUUCAUCCUUUGUGUCAUUUACUGCAAGAGGCAGCUCCUGGAGAAAAAACCUGCAUCACUCAGAUCUCAGGAUGGUUCUUUUAUUGGAGCUGAGCUGGCCUAUAUGGAUCGGCGACACGUUCUGGACUUUCCCCAGCGGCCCUGCUGCUACUGUCAGCACAUCCCUGAGCAAACGUGUGCAGGUCCUGUGCACCUGCUUCCCUCCCUGUGCUGUGAAGACGCAUAUGGCCAGAGACUUGGCCAACACAACAGUCCCUUUCAGUCACAAAGCAGUCUGAAUGAGAGACUAGUACGGCAGUCAGUGUGGAACAGCCAGUGUGAUAUGCAACAAGCUACUGAAACUCUUCCUGUGGAGUUCUCCGAGGAAUUACCACUCAUGGAGAUCGCUGUAGACAGGACUCACUUCAGGCCACAGCCCACAAAUAGCAUCAACUCUUCCUCUGAGGAAGAUGAGGAGGAAAAUGUGAGCGAGAGAGAGCAGCACGGCUUGUCUUUGGUCUCCACUAAGCUCUCUUCAGAGCUUUUACAGGAUGAAAGCUGUUUAGCAGAGCAACAUCUGUCUACAGUGGAAGGAUGAACUGGCUUUAUCUAACGCACGUUUAUCCAUAAGAACUGCUCUGGAUGUGAAAAGGAGGCACUGAGGAAGAUGCCAGCUCAGAUUAUGAGGCCACACACACAUACACAUCCUGAAAGCCAGGUGAUGUGCUCUAUCUCCCCAGCAGCCUGUGGCCCAUGGCUAUCCAGCUCAAAAUCAGACCAGACACUGUACAUAAACAUUAACAUGACCCAUAAAAAAAAAACCCCGAAAUAGACUGAGGAACCCAAACAAACAACAAAAAUCUUUGUGCAAUGCCACACUGAAUUGGAAGUGACCUGUAAAGAGUGAUGAAGCUGAAUCAGACUAUUUUUUAAAAAUUUGCAUACAGGACUUUGACUCUGAAACGAACAGAAGUAUAGAGAAAUGCAGACUUCUGCAAUUUUCUGAGUGAAAAUAUUUUGAAGAGCCAUGAAUGUGUAUUACUCUGU